CACAGUGACAGCUGGGUGCAUUUACAGGACUUGUAAGUAAUUCUCUUAUCACAGUACUGUGUUCCAUCACUUGAAAUCAUUUUGAAAGAAAGCAGGAGAAACAAUAAUUCCUGUAACAAAUUUCUUACAAUACUUCUCACGGCACAAAGAGAUUGCUCUUCUUUCUGUGCAGUCAAAUGCACUCUACUCUGAACAAAUUGUCAUGUCACAAGGUUCAUUAUCCUGCUCUGUAGCCAACACCACUUUCAUUUCCAAGUUAAUUUGCUCUCCUCUGUAUUCUCAGUCAAGGAUUUCAGUUCACUGGCCCUUUGCCUCCUAAAACCCAAGUUCUUCUCCACCAAAACUGAAAGCUUUAUACAUAAGUAACAGGGUAAAAUUUUUCCCAUUGGCACUUGCUUCAAAUGAGGAACAGUAAGAAAAGUAGGAACUAGAGCAUCUGAGCCUAAGAACAGUUGGAAUACACACAGGAAUGAUCCUUUCUGCAUCCUGUACAGCCCUACGGGUACUUAAGACAUCUACAUGUGACUGAACCAAAGGGGAAGACCCUGACUCUUGCCUAGGGAGCAUGCCUGGGGCUCUGGACACUUGGGAAAUUGUUAGCAGCAGAAAACAGAAGGUGAUUUCCAGGAGCGUACUUUAUCAAUAUAAUGUUGAAAAUACAGGAAUUACUGCAAUUUUUUGGCACUAGAAUUUUGAUUCAUUUGGUGUAAGAAGAAAAGAAGUAGGUGAAUUAAUUCACUUGUGUGAUUGGCAAAAUAAACCAAAAAUCAAAAAGAAAGCUGAUUUUAGCUGAGACGCCGCAUGCUCAGCUUGGCAUCUGUAAGAGAAAUGCUGGCACCACGACUCAGCCCCAGCAGAGAAGGGAUGCAGCCUCCCCCAGGAGAUCUGUGACAACCACAGCUCCAGUACACAGCACCGAGUCCUAGAAAGACUCUGGCAUGCAGUGCCCCUUCCAGCAAAACACAGAUGAAAUUCCUGGCUCAGAGUUGCUAGAAGAUCUUAAACAAGACUAAGGAAACAAAUUAAACUGUGUCCAAAUGUGCUGUGCAAGGCGUGCUGCAUCCUUCCACAGCAACCACAGACCUGGCUCUGCAGGGAUUCCCUUCCAUGCCAGCACCAGAGACAGCCUGUGGCCAAGGAACCUGAGGGACCACCACACUGGAGAGCUUAAGGUGAGAGGCAGCAAGUGCUGAAGUGGCAGAUGAGGACAAAACAGUGCAUCCUCAGCCCCUGCUGCUCCUAGCAGUUGCAAUACAGCUGGUCGUGCUCAAAGGCUUCACUUGUCCUCCCCCUGACUCACUUCCACAAGCCUAACAAGUUAGGAAGCCAUUUGCUAAGAGCCAGAAUAGUGUUUUCUUUUGCCCUCAGAUACAGAACUUCUGCUGACUGAUGUACUUAUAGCUCUCAUGGACUUGACAGUUGCUUUAAUCAGUGAAUUAGUUGUUUUGUUAGAGCCCUACUGCCCUGGUCCAGCAAUGUAUCACCUCCUGUGAUUGCUAGGUACUCCUCUAAAGAGCUAGCAGGAAAAAGAGAAAGCUGGAGAGUCCCCUGCUUCUCUUAAAACUUCACCUUCUGGCCCUGGUAGACAAAGAAACCCUUCACCACUCUUCUGUGCAUCGGUGCUGUUAUGUACACAAAGCCAAGCUUGUAGUCUCUGUAGUGCGUUCAUUCACAACAUGCAUUAACUUUCUCUCCCAUUAAAACUAAGCAAUAGGCCCCUGAAUAGUAAUGGCCAGAGUGAAAUAAUUUUGGGCAGAUAGAAUUGGUCGCAUUUUCCCUGAAAUGGGGCUGACAUUUUGCUGCACAGGCUGGUGAUCUCCCAGUGCAGCCUCCUGCCUUGCAGCACAACGCAGUGCUGCUGGAGAGCAGCUUUGAAGCCAUCUUUUCCUUUGAGUGGGGGUCCCAGCAAUAAGCCUGAUUAGGAGAAGAUACAUUUUAGGCUGUGCAUGGGCUGCAGAUGAGGAGAGUGAUUCAUCCCCACCUGUCUGCAAGAUAAGGGAGGCUCAUCGAGCUCUCUGCACAGCGCAUUAGCAGCAGGCUUACAUCUAAUAAUAAUACCCUGUGAGCAAUUAAAAUAUACCUCCAUUUAAGGGCGAGAUACACAACUUGGUUUAAAGACUGUAGGAUGUAAAAAACGACACCAGAGUGUAUUUUAAGACAAACCAGCUGAACGCACAAGCUGGCUGUGCGGCACGCUCACUCCCUCACACUGUGCAGUCGCUGCCACCCCCUUGGGGAGCAGCAGCAAAGCCCCUCUCUUGUGGGCUCUCAGGAGGCUUUGCUGUUCACAGGAGCAACAGCCACUGAAGACACAGCAGAGGUUUGCCCCCACUUUGGUUUGGAGCCAGAUGGGCAGGUUUGGGGGCCAGGAGGCUGGGUGUGCAGGCAAGUUGGGAUUUGUGGCACCAGGCAGAACUCCCACUGUCUCAGGUCUCUGGGAAAGCCUAUCUGGAGCUGAGAGCAUGGAGGAAAGGUCCCAUGUUACUUUGGGAGCUAGGGAGGUUCUGAAGGAUGCUAUGGAGCACUGAGCACCCAAUCCAGCAGCAUGCGAACGAAAACAAAAACUAGCUGUCAAUCCCACAUCUUCAAGCUUAUUGUUGGCCAUCACCCAGACCUGUCUGAGCUCACCUGAGGGAAGGCAGGGAAAGCUUUAUCAGGUAAAACAGAUUGUAGAGAGAGAUGAUAGAUACUACUGCUUGUGACAGAACACCUUGGAAAAAUGAAGAGUUAACAAAAGAGGAAUGGAGACAAAAAAGGUCUUAGACACAGCCAAAGAUUAGUCCCAACUGUCAGCCAGCCUGACUUCAGGGCCACAGCCGAGAUGGUGUCUAAGUGCAAAACAACUCUAAGACUUUUAUGCAAAGUAAAUAGAACCAUAGAGUCAUGUGAGUUGGAAGGGACAUUUAAAGGCUACCUAGUCCAACUCCACUGCAUUGAACAGGGACAUCUAUAGCUCAGGUGCUCAGAGCCCAGACUAGCCUGACCUUGAAUAUCUCCAAGGAUGGGGCAACCUGUUCCAGUGCUUCACUAAAAUACGUAUGCCCUAGCUGUGAUGCACAAAUCAUACCAUACAGUAGGCACUUUUAUAUACUGUAUAUAAACCAUAUCUGUGUCUAUUCUGUGCCUCAGCAUAAUGCCUUGCUAUACUGACUAUAGUUUUACAUAUGCACAUGCACAUACGUACAUACUUACAUACACUGCUAUAAUGAGACCUGGCAGGACAGGUAGCACAGCCCCCACCACCUGUUGCAAGGGAUCAGCAGCCCCCACUGCCAACACCAUCUGCAGCAGCCACAGCCCCUUCAUGCCUCAGGGCUCUGCUGCAGACGUGGCAGCAGAAAAUAGAGCAGCUCCAUCCCACUCACACACCAUGGCUAUUUAUACAGCUGCCAGCAGCAUGCCUUGCCCUCCAGGUUACAUCUGCCCGCACGCUUGCUAAAAAUGGGUGGGCAAAGUCAGCUCUGAGAGGGAAGCUGUGAUUUUCAGUGAGUCUGGCGUGACCCUGGGUCCAGCAGUGCCAAGAGAAAACAGAAACAUUCUUGAAAGUACAUAAAUGAAACCCAAUCUAAAGCAUUUACAGAGCUAAGAAGUGGUUAGCAGCAGUAAGAAGUAGGUUGCUGGUAAUUUACAGCUCCUUUGUAGGAAACUUGGCAACCUGCUGCGUUUUCUAAGUGCCUGAGUGACAGAAUUGCUCAAUUUCUGCUGACCACACAAACACGCUCAUGGUUUGCAUCCUGGAGGGCAUGGUGGCAGGCAGGGACAGUUGAGGCCACUGGUGGAUGUUAUUUGGGUAGAAAGGAACAAGGGUGCCGGAGCAGCCCCAGCACUGACAUGGUUUUGGUGUUCUCUUGUCCACAGAAAUGAGAAUUUCAAGCUCAUCACCAGUGUAAACUGGUGCCAGCUUGACUUUGGUAAUGCUGACACCACUGAAAUCUUUGGUGCAGUUGCUUUAGAGCUUGUGGCAUUGAUCACUGCAUGGAGAAGGGUUAGCAGGACCCUCUGCUGACCUAACCCAGCUAUUCCUGUUUUCUAUGGUUUCCUCUGUUCCUGUUAACACGUUAUGUGUGAGCAACUGAAAUUUAAUUCUGAAACAACUGCAAACACCAAUAAGCUCAACAACCCAGCUGCAGAAGGAAAGUAGUUCUCCCAUGAAAUAUUAUCACAUGGUAUAUGCCACCUUUCUGAGCACAGAUUUGUAUCUUCAGCUCUCUCCCUGCAGGCAAGGAUGUACUUUCUUCACAGCAUGGGAGCAGCUAAGAGCUCUCCAUUCCCCUGCUCCUGCAAGGAGGACUGAGCGAUGUAAAAGUCUGGAAGCCACCUGGGAGCACUUUCAUUUCCAUCCCUACCUAUAAUUAUUUUCAUCUUUGUUCCCUGCUUUCAGUUCACUGGCAGCUGCAGCCCACUCAGAAACUGAAGGAAAUACGGCAGGACUUGGAAGAUAAACACACACAGAUCUGCAAAGUGUCAAUCCAAAGCAAGAGACACACGUACUGCCUAGGCUUGUAACAGCCUCUCCUAAUCUGGUUUGCAUCAUCUCCUCAUUAAUGACAUUUUGAAGAUCUAUGGAACACUGCAAGCACCUUUCCAGCAAGAAUAUGGAACUAAUAACUCCAGAGCCAGAACUGAAAUUUAUUUUGGGAAAGUUCCUCUCUUGAAUAUGUUUUGGCUUCAGAGAGCAGCAAGUCACUUCUUCAGAGCCUCUCCUUACCAGUCCUGCUGCCACAUCUAUACCCUCCUGUCACUUCCUGGCUUCAGGCUCAGGCUGCUCUCUCAAUGGCUUUGCCUCUCCUUCCUGCCCUGGGUAUUUAGAGAAAACCCUGUUCCUGCUCCUAUCACACAGCUUGGAGAUAAAUUAAAAAGCGAAUGGACACUGCCACAGUAUCAGGGAUGAAAAUCUACUGCUCACUGGCUUUAAAACAGCAGUUUAAACAUGCAAGAAAUCAUAGCAACAAAGACAAAGCCCCUGAGUGCUAAGCUAUCAAUAGGCCAGGACGCUGGGUUUCACGCCAUGUGCCAAUAUGGCUCUAACCCCAGACUCUGCUGGAGGCAGUGGCUCUGGAGCAGGGUAGCAGUGUUCUUGCUUCAGGGCUGCAGAUAGAGAUGAAAAAAAAACAAAAACAAAAAACUAAAUCUGAAAACAAAACAAAACUGGCUUGUUUGUUCUGCCUCGGAGACACACUUCUCCCAGGCAAAAAGCUUUUAGGGAUAACAUUCCCAAAUCACUUGAAGAUGCCUGCCCAUCCUUUCCUACUGGUUGCUAUGGUGAGAGAUGACGGAGCCCAAGAUGGGUAUAAUACGAGGCAGCACGCGGAGAAGGGAUUUAGCAGAGCAGGAGGGACGCAGCGGUGAGAAGAGGGGAAGGUGCCGCGCUGCUCGCCUGCACCAAGGGGCUGCUGCAGAGCUGCUGGGGGAGGGACACGAUGAACAUCGAAGUGCACAACAUCACCUACACCAGUGCCACAGUCUCCUGGACCACCAACAGCCCCUGUCCAGAGAGCUACUACCACGUCAUGUACCGCCCCAACUGGAACAGUGUCUUCGCCGGCUAUUUGCGCCAAAACUUCCACCGUGAGGAGAGAGUUCCCCACUCCCUCAGCUCCAUUAUUCUCCAUCGCCUCACCCCCUCCACCAUCUACGUCCUCUGCAUCACAUGCAAGAACUCCUACCCCUCCAGCAACCACUGCACCACGUUUCACACGCUGGACCAAAGCCCCCUGCUUUUCAGCAGCUCUCAGCACGAGCCCACCACCUCCAUGUGGAUGGUGAGCAGCCUGUUGCUUCUCUGCUUUAUAGCUCUCUUGGUCUACGGCUGCCUGCAGUUCUGGGCUGCACAGUGCUGUGGGCCUUCCAGGCCAAAGCAGCCUGAUGCCAGCCCUGAAGAAGUGGGUGAAGGCAGCAGCUCGCUGGAUGGUCCUCUGAGCGAUGGACUCAAAGAAGAGCUUCUGGAAGUGCCCAUGACCACUGUGCUCAUGAGGAGCUCCAGUUUCAUGAGAGAGAGUCCAUAUAGUUCCCCACACUGCUUCUUCCCCUACAAGAACAGCGAUGAUAAGACGGCCAUCUUGCCACAGCACGGCCUUCAGUGAGAGCAAAAUAAAGGGAGGCCCUGCUUAGCAGUCUGGCUCAUGCUGCUCUUUCCCAGCUCUUCCCAGUUUGCAUAUGCACAGGGGCUAUCUGUCCCAAGGUAGAACAUGAGGUAGGAACAUUAGCUGCAAGGAGAAAAGCUUUUUCAAGUGACAAAUAUAUUCUCAUUUACUGAGGGGUUUUUAAAAGGAACCAAGUAAGCUUUCUGGGAAUAGCCAGGCUAGGCUGACUGUAGUGUCACUAUCUAAUCUGCAUCAAUGCUGUAGAUUCACAUCAGUCAUCAACCAAUGUGUGCAAGAAAUAAACUCCACUCCAGUAGUUUUAUGCUUGAGUGAUCCUCCACUAGCAUCACACCCCAAGCCCUCAUGAAACUUGUAUAAACAGUCAUCAUGGCCUGACAAAGAGCUUUUUGUCAGUGCUAAGUAGUUUACAUUUGCACUUCAGUAUUUAGUAACUCCUAUUUUGAAAUACAAAUGGGAUUCCUGCAGUAGCACCUUCCUCGGAGAGCAGCACUGCUCUGGAACUCUUGCUAGCUCUCCUCUCUCUGCAUUUAAAUGAAUGUGACUUGGUCUCAGCAUCACCAAGAAGCAAAGGGUGGUGUCAGCACCCCUUUACACAGGCAUAUUGUGGAGAAGCACAUGGGAAAUCAAAAGCAAAAAGCAUAUUGAAACAGCUUCUUGUAUGGCUUUUUUGUUUCACACAGCAAUGUGAUGCUGUACAUUUGCACUCGCCACGCUGUUACUGAAUUAGACCUUGUAUUUGUUUCUUCCUAAAUAAAGGAUUACAACAUCCACCCCUGCUGGCUGCCAUGGCACAU